GCCUUCACUACCCUGAGGGCCCCCGCGAGGGACCAGGAAGCAGCGGCGCCCCGAGGAGGAGAGCCGGCCUCCUCCCUCCGCCUGGGCUCCGGCAAGUGGCGCCUCGGCUUCACCGCCUCCUGCCUCACCGCCGCUGCCGUUGCCACGGAAACAUCCAUCCUUUCCAUCAGUUAACUAAAAUGGCUGCCCCAAAGACAGAGGAGCUAGGAGCCGGAGAAACUCCCACGAUGGUGCAAGGAAGAAUAGACCUCGAGAAGAAAGGGAACAAAGGCGACACCAUGAGCACCCCGGGAGUGACCCCCGACGUGGAGCUGGACAUGAAAGACGUAGAGCUGAAUGAGAUGGAUACGGAGAAGCAACCCAUGAAUGCCUCUUCCCCUUUGGCCAGCUCCCCGGGAAGCCUGGGGGAGAAGAAUGGGGCCGUGAUGGUGAAGGUGACGGAGGAGAAGGACCGUGACACAUCAUCCAAGUUCACCGGCCUUUCCAAGGAAGAGCUUCUGGAGGUGGCCGGCACCCCAGCUUGGGUGCGCACCCGGUGGGCCCUCCUCAUCCUCUUCUGGCUGGGCUGGUUGGGCAUGUUGGCAGGGGCCAUCGUCAUCAUCGUCCAGGCCCCCCGCUGCAAGGACCUGCCCAAGCAGGAAUGGUGGCAGAAAGGGGGCAUCUACCGCAUCCAGAAGGUGGAGGGGUUCCAGGAUUCAGCUUCCGAUGGUGUUGGUGACCUAGCAGGUCUAAAGCAGCGAAUGGAUUAUUUAAGUUCUCUCAAAGUGAAAGGUUUGGUGCUUGGGCCGCUCCAUGUUAAUCCCAAAGAUAACCAAGCUGGAACUAACCUCCAGAAUGUCGACACCAAUUUGGGGACACUGGCGGAGUUCCGGGAUGUUCUGCAGGCCGCAAAGAAAAAGAGCCUGAAGAUCAUCUUAGAUCUGACACCCAACUAUCGGGGUGAAUCCCCUUGGUUCAGCCAACAGAUCUAUCUGAACUAUGAUCUCCAGGAGAAAAUGAAGGAAGCAAUUGAAUUCUGGCUGAAAGAAGGCGUAUCUGGGAUCCAGAUUGGAAGCGUUGAGCAUUUAAAUGACACUCAGAUCUUGAACAUCUGGAAGAAUCUGACAGAACAAUAUGCUGAAGACCAUGCGAGAGUGCUGAUUGCAGUGACAAAGAAACAAGAUGCCCAUGGCAUUUUUACCCUUCUCAAUGAGACAACCGGCGUGGAUGUGCUGACCAGCGACUACCUUAUGGGUCUGGCGAAAAGCGGCCAAGAGGAUACCACAAGGGGAAAGGCUGCUUCCAACAUGAUAACAAACUACAUCAAAGCAGCUGGAGACAAGUGGGCUGGAUGGAGUGUGGCAAGACCCAAUUUUGGACGUUUGGACAAUCUGGGCGAGCAGUUUCUUCGCUUGUAUCACAUGCUCCUCUACACAUUGCCAGGGACUCCUUUCACAGACUAUGGUGAUGAGAUUGGGCUGCGUGACCUUCCUGGACAGCCUGCAACAUCCAAUGUCACUCGCAUGCAGUGGGACAAUUCAGCAAACUUUGGCUUCUCCAAAGGGCCUGAGCAACCGGGCAGCCAGUCAACGAGUAACGCCACAGUACAGUUACAGAGUGGCGACACGGGUUCGGUCUUGACGCUCUUCCAGCAGCUGAGUGACCUGCGGGGCAAGGAGCGUUCCCUUCUCCAUGGCGAAUUUUCCAAGGCCUCCAGCACCAGUCCGAGCGUCUUCUCCUACUUGAGGAUCUGGGAUCAGAACAAGCGCUUCCUUGUGGUGCUCAACUUUGCCGCCCAAGAGACCACCGUUUCUGUAUCGCACCCUCACCUCCCUCCGGAAGUCACAGUGGAGCUCAGCACAAAUCCCAGUCGGGAGGAGGAGCAGCUGAGCGUCCAGGACCUCAAGCUGGGUCCCUUGGAAGGGCUUUUGCUCAGUUACAUAUACGUGGCUUAGGUCCAGGUUCCUCCUAGACUUCCUUCUGGCGGAGAGGGCAGCAGGAGGGUUUUCUGUGCUCCUGCCCUUAGAAGGAAGCAGUGUUUGAGUUCUUAAGAGGAAGCAGCAUUCUCUUGUCUCUCAUUUUGCCUGAACUCUCUUAACGCAUCUGUUUCAUCUCUUCUCCUGCCUGCCUAAUUCUUUAUACAUUCCUGCCAGUGAUCUCUGGAGUUGUUCAGUAGGAGAAACACGUCCCAAACAGAUAUUGUUAGACUUCUGCUUCAUCGGUCCCCGAUUAUUGGCCAUGCUUGCUUAGGCCGAUGUAUGUUCGGGUCCAGAAACGUUUGGAAGAACACAAGGCCCCACUCUUCCAUUUAGAUUUAGAUAUCAUCCCCCUUGCCUACAGCAACAACAAAAUUGGAAACUAUUGAGACCUACGUGGCAACCGAUAGCAGAUAUUUUAAACUUUCAGUCCAUCAGGUGUUUUGGACUUCCAGGUCCCAGAAUCCCUGACUGUUGGUCAAGCUAGUUUGGGCUUCUGGACGUUGGUGAACCAUAGCUUGAAAACCACUGUUUUUGGUGACUAGUUUUGGCCGGGGAGUCUCCAUGUCCCCCAACCGCUUCUGAAAAUGUAAAACAUUCAGAAAGAAGAAUGUAUAGAAACUGCAAGGGACAGGGUAAAAACCUCAUGCAAAUGAUCUUCAUGCUGUCAUAGGGUUUGAUUUGGGGAUUUUAACUUUUCUUACUGCUAAAUGAUUGUUCUCAGUGUUUGAAUUUUGCUCGAUUUUGUGCCAGGUGAGUCCAUAGAUACAGUUCUGAAGAGCAGUCGGGGAAACUGGUUAUUUCCCCUUUACGUGUGCCUCUGUUGCCAUUUGGUCACUGCUUGGCAAACUCCCUUGAGUCUUGACAUAAUAUAUCGAAACUACAUACCUUUACCACUUCUUAGCUUUUCGUACUGACCGAGUACAGACUAGGGUCGGAUGUGUCUUAUUCUCCAAUGCUGUUGAAGGCUGGCCUCUGGAAUAAGUUGAAUAAAUUUUCUCUUUUCUCUGC